GAUAGAGGGCGCAGUGAAAUUUACAAGCAUGGCGGCCAGCAAAAGCACCAACACGUACAAUCGUCAAAAUUGGGAAGAAUCGGACUUUCCCAUUUUGUGCCAGACAUGCCUGGGUGAUAACCCCUACAUUCGUAUGACAAAAGAAAAAUUUGGUCGGGAAUGCAAGAUCUGCGACCGUCCGUUUACAAUCUUCCGCUGGUGUCCCGGGGCUCGCAUGCGAUUCAAGAAAACUGAAGUGUGUCAGACAUGCAGUAAGACAAAAAACGUCUGCCAAACAUGCUUGCUGGAUCUGGAAUAUGGGCUUCCAAUUCAAGUCAGAGAUGCAGCAUUGAGCAUCAAAGAUGACAUGCCGAAGUCUGAAGUCAACAAGGAAUAUUACUCACAGAACAUUGACAGACAGAUUGCCAAUGUGGAUGGGGUACAAGCAGCAGGUGCCGUCGGCAAGGCUCAAGCACCCAGUGAUCUACUCAUGAAGCUAGCUAGAACCACACCUUACUACAAACGCAACAGACCUCAUAUCUGUUCUUUCUGGGUCAAAGGGGAAUGCAGACGUGGGGAGGAAUGUCCGUACAGACAUGAGAGACCAACAGACCCUGAUGAUCCUCUGGCUGAUCAGAACAUCAAGGAUCGUUUCUAUGGCACCAACGAUCCCGUCGCUGAUAAACUGAUGCGACGUGCUGAUACCAUGCCUAAGCUGGAACCUCCUGAUGAUAAGACAGUCACUACACUGUACGUGGGUGGCCUAGGAGACAAAGUCACUGAAGAAAACCUAAGAAACCACUUCUACCAGUUUGGCGAGAUCCGUUCCAUCAAUGUGGUACAGAAGCAGCAGUGUUCCUUUGUGACUUUCACAACGCGCUCCGCGGCUGAACAGGCCGCUGAAAAAUCCUUCCAGAAAUUGAUCCUGAAAGGUCGGAGGUUAAAUGUCAAGUGGGGGAAGUCACAGGGUCAACAAGGUGUCACCGCUAAGAGCAUAGAAGGGGGCAAGGAGCCACAGUAUGAGCCAGUACCAGGAUUACCAGGCGCUCUUCCAUUGCCACCCAUGCCAAGUGAUGGAUCACAACCCAGUAAUUUCUUCAAUCUUGACCAAGAUGAUGCUCAGUUGCCGCCAUUACCUGGUGGGCCAAUGGGACCCAUGGGAGGUGGGCCUGGGGGUCCCCCAGGGAGAUUACCACAGGGUCCGCCACCCCGUAUGAUGCAACGUCAACAGCCUCCACCACCUGGAGCCUUUGGAUUUCCCCCUCCACCUUUCCCUCCACCCCCUGGCUAUCGUGGACCUCCUCCAUUCCAUCCUGGAGCUCGUCCCCCACCCCAGGGGAUACGUCCACCACCUCCAGGUGUCAGACCCCCUUUAGCUCCCCCAGGGGUUAGACCACCAGGACUCCGGCCCCCAGGGCAAGCUGUUCAUUACCCGUCACAAGACCCACAGCGAAUGGGUACAGGAGCAGCACAAGAGUAGGCGAAAGAAAUAAGUGUUGAUACAUUGUACUUGAGUUGCAGACUAAUGAGUUUUUUUUCAAAACCUGGGGUUCAUCUUAAGCGUCUGUCUCAGGAGUUUUUAGGCCCCUGGUGUGGGCUGUUUGGUCCCAUAUUGUGUCAACUUGAAGCAUUAAGUUCCAUGAUGUUAGGCUAUUAAAAGUAUCCGUAUUUAGUUUGAUUGUGAGCCAAAGAUAUGAAGCCCAGGCUAAAGACAAAAGCUAGGAGUUUGAAAUGUACCUCUUCUACCUGAUAAUCAGGUUUUUUUGUUAAGUGGUCAAAAGUUUUAUCAAAUAAUUGUUAAAAUUUGGCAAAUUGUUGGUCAAAUUACUUUGAAUGUUUUUAUGGGAUUGAAGUUCUUACGUUUAUUAUAAGUUUGUUUGUCAGUAAAGCUUAGCAACUAAAUGUAUAGAAGUAACAACAUGCAUUUUGGACUUAUUACGUGCAAAUCUUUCAGUUACUGUGUAUUUUUAAAGGUCUCACAUAUUGCUGAAAGGCCAUUGUAAACAUGUAUUUAAUGUUCUACAUCGUCGACAAAUUUUAAUCAGUUAGGCAAUCUUUGGGCUUAGUUAAAAUGGCGUGAGAAAAAGUUACAGAAUAAAACCACACAUUAAAACCCCUAAAACACAGUUUAUGUGUUCAAAUAUUUCUGAUAGAAUGCUGCAAGAAACAAAACACUACAUUUUCCAAUUUAAAUGUGUUAAAUUUCACAGAAACACUUUUAAGUGAUUUUUUUCAGCUGUUAAAACUAAAACUGUAAAGUGCUGUUUUCAUGGUUACCAAAAUUAUCCGUGAAGCUACGAGCACGCGUGUUCCAUUUACUUUUCCAUUACACACCUCAAAUCUGUCAAAUUUACAACAAAAAGCCAAUAAAUACACACUGUUGAAUUUAGGGAAAUGGGGCACAUGCACAAGUUGCACAUGAUGUACAUGCACUUAAAAUUGACGUUUACAUUGUAAUUAUUUUUCUCCCCGCUGUCAUGUACAUACCCUGGCAUUUAAAGUUUUUAACCAAAUUUUGUUAAAAAAAAAAUAGAAGUUAAAGGAACUUGCAUGGAAAAGAAAGUCAUUUGAACAGUGCUAGAAAUAGCUAUGUACAUCGCCCAGGUGCAAUUUCCUCUUGUCUUUAUCUUGGAUUAAGAAACCCCCCUUAAUUCUCCCAAA